AUGGCUACAGGUCGCACCACCUUCGUCAACACUCUAUGCGGCAAGCAGGUCCUUCAGGGGAAAGACGCCGAUGACGCCCAGACCGCUCACCUCGAGGAGGGCGUUCGCAUAAAACCAGUUACUGUUGAGCUAGAACUCGACGAGGAGGGUACUCGCAUUUCUCUCACCAUUGUCGACACCCCCGGAUUCGGUGACCAGAUCAACAACGAAGAAAGCUUCUCGGAAAUCGUUGGAUACCUCGAACGCCAAUAUGAUGACAUUUUGGCUGAGGAGUCAAGAAUCAAGCGUAACCCUAGAUUCCGUGACAACCGUGUCCACGCUCUGCUUUACUUCAUCACACCAACUGGCCACGGCCUCCGAGAGCUUGACAUUGAGCUCAUGAAGCGCCUCUCCCCACGUGUCAACGUUAUCCCCGUCAUCGGCAAGGCCGACUCUUUCACACCGGCUGAGCUUGCGGAGUCAAAGAAGCUUAUCAUGGAGGAUAUCGAACAUUACCGUAUCCCCGUCUACAACUUCCCAUACGACAUUGAAGAAGAUGACGAAGACACCGUGCAAGAGAACGAGGAAUACCGGUCACUCAUGCCCUUCGCCAUCGUUGGUUCCGAGGACGUUCUUGAGAUCGGUGGUCGCAAGGUACGGGCCAGACAGUACCCGUGGGGUGUUGUAGAGGUCGAGAACCAGCGCCACUCCGACUUCCUGGCUGUCCGCAGUGCUCUCCUCCACAGUCAUUUGGCCGAUCUCAAGGAAAUCACCCAUGACUUCCUGUACGAAAACUACCGUACCGAGAAGCUCAGUAAGAGCGUCGAAGGAGGUGCUUCUGCUUCUCAUGACUCUACCAUGAACCCUGAAGACUUGGCUUCCCAGUCUGUCCGCCUCAAGGAAGAACAGCUCCGCCGAGAAGAAGAGAAGCUGCGUGAAAUCGAGCUCAAGGUGCAGCGUGAGAUUAACGAGAAACGACAGGAGCUUCUGGCCCGUGAGAGCCAGCUGAGAGAAAUCGAAGCCCGCAUGCAGCGUGAACAAGCUGCCCAGCAGAGCCAGGAUCCUAACGGAGACGCGGCAUAA